UCUUGCGCCUGCUCGACUCUCUCUCUCCUCACUCUCUCUCUCGCUCUCUCUCUCUCUCUCUCUCUCUCUCUCUUUCUCGCUCUCAUUUUAUUGCUCUCUCCGUCAAGAGCAUAUGUGCAUCUGUCCAUACCAUCACAGAAUUGUGUAUUCCUUGCCAUCUGACACUUUCAACACAUAGAUACUUUCAACCUUUGCAAAAUCUGCCAGGCCUCAUCUGUGUGCAGAGCAUCAUCUUCAAAUUCAACGUCCAGGAUGGAUGCUCUAAUGAAGGGAUUCUCCAUGGCCAAGGAUGGAAUGGUGGCCGCAGCCGAGAAGACUAAAGCUGGGGUUGAAGAGGCAGCUCUUAGGACCAAGGAAGGGGUCAUGUAUGUGGGCAACAAGACAAAGGAGGGAGUGGUAUCAGGAGUAAACACAGUUGCCCAGAGGACCACAGACCAGGCGAACAUUGUAGGUGAAACAGCGGUGGGCAGCUCUAAUGAACUUGGACAGAAAACAGUAGAGGGUCUCGAGAAUGUGGCUGCGUCUACCGGCCUAGUCAAUCCGGAUGAGGCUUUAUAUGAGGGUGACUUCUCCCAUGGUGGUGGCAUGGAAGGAGGAGAGGGUGGUGAGGGUUAUUAGUCCAGAGGCGUGGAGCUGAGAACAGUCCCCUAUCGUCCCUCUGACUCUCCUCCUCUGAGUUUCUGCUCCAAAGCCUUGCCCUAACCAAACUCCAGAUGUUCCUGAUAUGUUUUUUUUUGUGACUGUAUGGAAAAUCAGAAUUGAAAAAGACUUUCCCUGAGCCCUAUAGCCUUUAGAUGUGUGAUGUUUUCCCUACUGCCCAGCUCAUCAUUGGUGGUGUUAUCAUUCCUCUUAAAUGUUAUUGUUAUUCCUCUGCCCUUCCACUAUGUAUAAACACACACACACAUACACACACACACACAUCUAACAUACACUCUUUACAGAAAAAAUGGACAGGAAUUGUGUAGCUUAGAGGCUGAUAUCAGAGGGAAAAAAACGUACCUGCAUGACCAGUAAUGUAAGAAAAGUAAUACAUUUACAUUUCAUCAGGGCAUGUAGCAAUAUGCGUUGGAUCUUUGUGAGAUCAUAGCCAUGUAUGAAUUGAUUUAGUCUUGAAAAUGCUGCAGUGUACGCAAUGACGAGUUGUGUGUACAUUAAGAGAUGCAUUACAUUCCUUUAGUUCAGUAUGUGUGGCAGAAUUUAGUUAUUGUGUGCUUGACCAACAGACUUACUGCGUGUUAGAUUAUUCUAAGAACAAAUAUGUUAAUUCACAAAAUGAGAUCAUGCUGUAUACAUAGAUACUGUAAAACAAAGAAUGAUUAUCUGUAUUAAUGUAGCAGUGCUAGAAUUACAUCUCUUCACUAGCUUGUCUUUGUACACAUGAGAUUUGGUGUUGAUGGGUAUUAAGAGAAAUUUGAAGUGUCUGUUUUGUCUGUUGAAAAAAGGCAGUGGACCCCUUCAGGUGCUAGGACAGGAAGGAAGGAGUAAGAUCCUUCAAUGUUGUGGAAAGACAUCAAAUCUUCCAAUAAAUCCUGCUCUGUUUUGUCCUGAUUUUGUUGCAGUGCAUGUGAAGUCAGUGUGCAGCCAUAACUCAUCUGUGAUGCCAGCAAUGUAAAAGCAAUACUGCAGCACCAUUGCGAAGUUUGUGAUUGGUCUGUUUUGUAACACUGUGCUAUGCUGACUUAAGGCACUGUGUUUUCCCAAGGGGAUGCAUUGAAGUGUAGACCUUUGCUAAUAAGAUGAGUGUUUCCGCCUUCAUUAAGCCUUUUGUCCCUCCCACACCCCCUCCCUAGUCAUCACUCAACAGUGUAUUCAGAUCCACCCGACGCUUGUGUCUGCUAUCGGUAACUAGAACAAAAUUUUAUCAAACAUUGCAGUUUGUUUUUUCUUUGAAGCCACAAAAAACUGAAGACUGCAUGUUGCCUUAUCAGCACACCUACUGUAUAUUCACACACACACACACACACACACACUGAUAUUGCUUACAGACACACCAAUAUAAUGAUCGAAACACAAAAGCACACACAAAUGCCCCACAUACCUUUUAUGUUGUUAUCAAAGCAGGCAAGCUGAUUUUAUAAAUUGUAUAAGUGAAAUAAAGAUUUUUGUUGAAAUCAACACUGUCAAUUUUGA